GGGACACAAGCUAGCUACAAUGGCCACCGGUGAGCUCGCUUGCACUUACGCAGCUCUAAUCCUCCACGACGAUGGAAUCGAUGUCACCGCUGAGAAGAUCUCAGCACUAGUGAAAACAGCCAAUUUGAACAUUGAAUCAUACUGGCCUAGUCUUUGCCAGAACAAAAACAUGGAUGAUCUCAUCAUGAACGCUGGUGCCGGUGGAUCUGCUGCUGCUCCCGUGGCCGUUUCUUCUUCUGCAUCUUCAUCUGGAAGUGCCACUCAAGCUGCCCCAGUAGCCGAAGAGAUAAAGAAGGAGGACGAGAAGGAAGAGAGUGACGAUGAUUUUGUAUCCUUCUUUUUUGACUAAGAAGCUUUAAUCUAUCUCUUCAAGUAUUUUCUUUGAAGGCAAUCUGUGUUUAGGCGACUCAAUUUUGUGAGAUUUUUUUUGUUCUUAGGAAAGUCUAGUAAUUUUACUUGGUACAUGUUUUAUCAUGAGUUUUGAGGCUAUUCUUAAAUGUUAAUCAAUGUAACAAUGUUGG